UCGAAUAAUGGGCCUGACGGAUCGCAGAAUUUUAUGUUUGUUUUUGUUAUAGUUGUAUCUGAGGUUAGUGAGGUUCAAUCGAUUCGAUUCAAUCGUAUUCUGUCCGACGUAGCGAACCUAGGCUAUCCAAUUAUCAAUGUUAUCAUUGUUGACAAAUUCCAUUCUAUUGUUAUUCUAGGUUAUUGUUUUUAUCACAACUGAGAUCAUGUUUUUAAUUAGGCCUAGUUUUGGUCUGGGGCAAUAUUUUUAACUCAUAUGUUACUGACCUGUUUGUUCUCAUGUAGCAAACUAUCAUUUUAGCCUAUAUCAAGCACACGCACCCUGUUAUUUAUUAGUGCAGAUAGGAAAAUUCAAUGUCUCUUUUCAAAUCAAGAGAGCUGUGGUCCACGUUGUGUGGAAAAGAUGAACAUUAUGACAACGGCUGCAUGGUCGUAACAGACAUUUUAUCACAGGGGUUUGAUUGUAUAAUUGUUGGCAGUCAUAGUGGAUUUUUAAGGAUAUUUCAACCGCAGCCAGACACAGAAAUUGAUCCUCAAGGAUACCGAGCUACAGAUUUGCUUUUAGAAAUGCAGUUGCCAAGUCCCAUUUUGCAGGUUGACUUUGGAAAACUUGUUUCAGGGUCCCAAAGUUUUCAAAUUGGUGUUCUUCAUCCUCUUAGUGUGGCUGUUUACAGUCUUGUGUCAAUUUCUGGCUCUGCGAAACAUGGUGACCAAUACCACUUAGUUUUGGCCUACGAGCAUCAGUUGUCCAAAUCUGCCUUUGCCUUUGUUGUUGGAAAUUUUGGUGGUGUGAAAGGAAGAGACUUUAUUUGUGUUCAGUCAUUAGAUGGAGUUUUAACAUUUUUAGAACAAGAAACAUUUUCUGUUUCUCGAAACCUCCCAUGUUUUUUGCUGCCUUCACCUUUUGUAUACAUCUCUUCUUCAGAUUCAUUCAUCAUUCCCAACGCUAACUGGAUGCUAGAGUCUUACAGGUAUGAAGUUUUAGCAGAUACAAAUCGCAAACUAUUACCUUGGUGGAGUUUAAACAUUGGGGAGCCGAUUGUGGACAUGCGGGUCAUAACAGUACAAAGCUCCAAAGCCUCAAUAAUUGUUUUAGGAGAGAGAAAUUUAUUCUUUGUUAAAGAAGGUGGUAGCCUGGAGCUGGUGAAACGGCUGCAAUUCACCCCUUGUUGCGUACAUCCAUACAUCACAGAACCCGGCCUCAACGUUAUGGUGCUAGUUGUGGCAGAUACAGCGACUCUACUGGUUUACAACUCAGUUUCAUUAUGUUGGUCGUCCCAGCUGCCUUUUACUCCAGUUUCCAUCAGUAGAAUUAAUCUGAAGUGUGCACAAGGCCUGGUAGCCCUGUUGGCUGAGGAGGGUCAGCUUGUUUGCUGCUACCUUGGCACAGAACCAGCCGUGUUUAUAGCGCCUCCUCUCACCAACAAGACAGUCACAUACGACGAGUUGCAGCACAGGCUCUACACCUUGCAACAGGAAAUUGAUUCUACAUCACAGACGGCACUACAGGUCAGUGAGGGACAUGAACUGAAGGUGACCACUCGCACGUUGGGCAUGUCUGACCCAACUGAGUGUCAGCUCAUGGUGGUGCUCAAUCCGUCUGCAGCGCUCAGCAACGCUCAAGUCUCUAUCACAGUUACUUCACCACUCAUUGCACAACCUGCCACUCACCACCUUCCCAGCAUCUGCUCAGAAGUAGAAAUUGUGAGCCUAGUUUCAUUCUCAUCCUCACAUCCUGUUCCUCUUCUAUCUGUUGAUGCACACAUCGUUAUUGUCUAUCAGGGUGCCGGGGGUAAGCCUCACAUACUGCAGAAGACAGCAGUGUUGCCAACUAUUAUGGUAAUGCAGGCUGUCUCACCUGGGAAGGAAGGAGACCACAAGAUCAUUCUGUCCCUCUCACAACCAGCAGUGCCUCUCAAUUUGCUGUUUGUCGAGCUGGCUGCCAGUGAGGGAUGGGAGGAUGCAGGUUGUACAGACAGUGUGGCAGGUUUGUCUCACACCUCGGCGCCCCACUGUGUUGUCACGGUGGUCUUGGGGAGAUCAACUCCCCGGUAUCGUCUGCAGGCUGACAACGCGGCAGCUCUGUGUUUGGUUCUCUCACAACUUACCGCCAGAGUAGAGGGAUAUUACGCAGCAAGAAAUAAAACUGUCUCGAUCAGUUUUCCAGCAGGAUCAUUGCCGAUAGCUCCGCUUAUGGCAGCCAUAGACAACCACGUGGAGCUGAGAAACAGCAUGAAGACUUUACGGGAUACUCUUGCUAACCAGACGACUCAAUAUCGAGCAAUCGAGCGACGAUUGUUGAGUAAACUACGAGAGAGAACUGUCCAGCCUCUCGUGGGGUUGGACAAGUUAUUGUCUGACACCCAUCACUUGAUAGUGACUACAUCUCAUGCCAUUGAGGACAAUACACAGACACUGGAGACUAGUAGUUGUGAACUGGCCUGCAUUGUACGUCUUGUGCUCGUUUUGGUAACAAUGUGCGACACAACAAACCUCAAGGACUGGACCGACUUAGCCGCUGCCAUGUCUUAUGUCAUGCAUUCUUCGGAAACACAGGGAUGGGAGGAGGUUUGUGAACCAGGAGUGAGCUAUUUGCUGUCCACCAGUCUCGCCAAGUCUGUGAGGGAUCACCAACGGUCAACAAUAGAUCCGUUAAAAGAUUCCGCACGCUUCAAGAAACUCAUCUCAAUGGCGUUAGACCGAGUGGUUUCCGGACUGACACCUCGCCCCAGGGAAGAGGCUAGGGCUGUUUCACCAAUCAUGGAAGGAGAAGAAAAUAUCUCCAGUGCUCAUGUUCACUCAAGAAAAAACUCAAGUGAUGACAAUCUAGUUUCACUGAAACUGCUUCCAAGCAGAAAGGCUCUGCAGUCAUACGAUAAACCAAGAAAAACAGAUGAAGAAGAUGGAGGAGAAGAUCUUGAAGAUUUGGUUUAAUAGUUUUAUCUGUUUUAAUACUUUUAAGCAUUUUAAAAUCCCGCCAAUGUUUUCAUGAGCACUUCUUAAUGUUGUCACUUAAAUGGGAGCUGCAAUCUUGUGAUCUCUUUGUCUAUAAUGUGUUUUCUAUAAGGACACAUUAUAGUGCUAAACAUAUUAUUAUUUGUGUUGUGGUAAAGUUUAUUGUGUUUUAAUGUGAAAUGUGUUUGCUAUUACACUCCCCAAAUGCAUAAUAAGGCGAAUAACCCUUUGAAUUUAAGAUAUUUAAAAAAGACCUAGAAAACUAUCCCUGAAACAAUUUUUUUUUAAAUUAAUGUUGCCAUGAAUGCAUUGCAUGGAACAAAGUUUGAGGGCUGUCCCAAGUUCUUCAUGAAGCUCCUAACCGUCGUACUUACACUAAUACCAUUCUAGCCCUGUAGGAUGAUUAAUCUUGUCAUAGUAUUUAAAAUUUCAAAAACAUUGUGAGAGCAGAAAAUUGAUGCCCCCAACUAACUGCGUUCUGAGAUUGGAUAUCUGUGUUCUCAGUCGUUAACGCUCUUAAAGUUUAUUGCAAGUUGAUAGACUCAAAUGAAAUAAAAUAGUUGUUUCCAGUUAAUAAUCUUAUUUAUAUUUCAAUAUAUUAAACAAAUUUAAAUAACCAUUUAACUCUUAACUUAUCACCACGAAAAAAAAGAAAAAACUUUUAAGAGCUAAACUUUUAAUUACAAUAAAUAAAAAUUUUAAGCUCGAUACUGUUUUAAUAAAGGUUCUAACAGAGUAGGCUUACGGAAUACUGACUGACAGACCAGUUAAAAUUGUCAUCUUACUUUUA